CUCGGCCAAUAGAAUUUUCCAAUAUUACUCUACUUCACCCUGCCGUCCUCCUCUAGCUCAGGUAGACGGGAUACCCCGCGGAAAGCCUUUUUCCAUCCUUCGUCAUGGCGGCGAAUGGCACUUCAGACAUCUUGAGCUCGGCUUACCUUGCGGUGGAGUAUGUGGAUGCUGUUUUACCAGAAAACCCCCUUCAGCCCUCCCUGAAACACGCCUGGGGUUACAUGCUGGACAACUACACCAAGUUCCAAAUUGCCACAUGGGGGUCACUCAUUGUCCAUGAGUUCAUCUACUUUCUGUUCUGUCUACCCGGCUUCCUCUUUCAGUUCAUGCCCUUUAUGCAGAAAUACAAAAUCCAGCAGGACAAACCCGAGACGUGGGAGAAACAGUGGAGAUGUUUCAAGAUGCUGCUGUUUAACCAUUUCUUCAUUCAGUUUCCAUUAAUUUGUGGAACAUACUACUUCACCGAGUUCUUCAGCAUCCCAUACGACUGGGACUCAAUGCCCCGCUGGCCGUAUCUUCUGGCGCGGUGCUUCGGCUGUGCUGUCAUUGAGGACACCUGGCAUUACUUCCUUCAUCGCAUACUGCACCACAGGCGCAUCUACAAAUACAUCCACAAAGUCCACCAUGAGUUCACUGCUCCAUUUGGCAUGCAGGCAGAAUACGCUCAUCCCCUGGAGACUCUCAUCCUGGGUGCUGGUUUCUUCAUUGGCAUCAUGAUCUUCUGCAACCACGUGUUCUUCCUCUGGGCCUGGGUGGCAUUUCGGCUGCUCGAAACCAUCGAUGUUCACAGCGGUUAUGACAUCCCUCUGAACCCGCUCCACCUGAUCCCUUUCUACGCUGGCGCCCGUUUCCAUGACUUCCACCACUAUAACUUUGUGGGUAACUAUGCCUCAACCUUCACCUGGUGGGACAAGCUUCUGAACACCGACUGCCAGUACAACAAGUUCAUGGAGAAACAAGAAGAGAAGAAGGAGCAGUAAACCAACCUCUGUGAGAAAGAAAGAAAAGUAACACCACAGCUGUUUUUAAACAGGCUAUGUGGGUGAAAAGCAGGCCCGCACUGCUGUGUUCAGAAUCUCAAUCGGACCGAAAGUUUACCUUCUGUGCCUUGAUGAAUCUUAAAUACGCUACUUUUAUCACCAGUUGCUGGCUGAAUAAAGAAAAACAUCAACAUCAUGUUUUUUUUUCUCCUUCUCUUUUCAUGAUAUGAAAGGAAAAGAUAGUGUACCAUAUCACUGUUGUGAAAUGCUCCUCUCUGAAUGCUUAAGCACUUUAGCACUUCCUCCUUGAACUGAUCGCCAUCGAUAUGACUUAAGUUCUUCCAGUUUAUUCCGUGGUGCAGUAGAGACUGUCUGAAUGUGUUUGAUGCAAACUCUUGUCAUCUUUAGGUAGAAAAGGGAAUGGUCUUGUAUUUCUCUUCUGUGUUGUCAUAAGAAUCAAAAGCCUUUUUGAUUUUAACAAUGAAUAAAAAUACAGUUUAUUGUUUCUUCUGCAUUUGUGUUCAAAUAAAAGUGUAAAUAUUCAAAACAUA